GACUUAAUCGCGGUUAUUCAACGUUAGAUAGCCACAUGGAUUCCUUUGAUGCUUAUGGCCCAAAUUCUCAGGCCCUAACGUUUUUCGACCCUGAAGAAAAUGAUCUAAUAGGUGGAGAUACUCAGGGGCCGGAUUACGACUGUUCCGAUUUUACUCUGCCUUCGCAGUCACAAACACAGGCGUCUCAACUUGAUUCCGACAAAAAUUGUUUUUCCCAGCAGCAUGACGAUUCAAACAGCAUAAACAUCCUUUCCCAACGUGUGGCAGACAUUGACUUCAAGGAUGACGAUGCCGAUUCCAAUACCGUUCUUCCAGAACAUGCAUGUGCUUACUGCGGUAUUCAUGAUCCAGCAUGUGUGGUAUUUUGUAACACUACAAAGAAAUGGUUUUGCAAUGGCCGUGGAAACACAUCUGGAAGUCAUAUUAUUAACCACCUCGUGAGAGCACGCGCGAAAGAAGUAACAUUGCACAAAGAUGGACCCUUGAAAGAUACUCUUCUGGAGUGCUAUGUUUGCGGAUCAAAGAAUGUGUUUUUGCUUGGUUUUGUGCCAGCAAAGUCGGAGUCUGUCGUUGUACUGUUAUGUCGUAACAUCUGUGCAAAUGCUAAUAAGGAUAUGUACUGGGAUCCUACUCAGUGGCAACCCAUAAUUCAAGGACGUCAGUUUCUUGCAUGGCUUGUCAAGGUCCCUACCGAUGAGCAACAAGCAAAAGCCAGACAAAUAUCUGCUCAGCAAAUUAAUCGUCUCGAGGAAAUGUGGAAGGAGAACCCGCAGGCUGCAGUAGAAGACCUCGAAAAGCCUGGGGCUGACAAAGAAGUAAACCCGGUAUUGCUAAGGUACGAGCAUUCAAGGCAGUAUCGAGAAGUAUUUAUCCCCUUAGUUCAACUGGAGGCUGAUUAUGACAAAAAGAUCAAAGAGUCACUAAAACUCGAAAAUGUGUCCGUCCGUUGGGAGACAGCCCUUAACAAGCGUCGAAUGGCUUACUUUCGUAUUCCUGGGGCAAAUGAAGGUCCUGAACUACGCAUUAUGCAUGGCGAUGAGUUAAUUAUGCGUCAAUUUAACAGCGCAAACGACUAUUUAGUUGGUAUUGGCCAUGUAAUCAAAGUACCAGAUAGUUUUAGCGACGAGGUUUGUUUAGAAAUGAAGCAAGUCAGUGAUACACCUUUAGAAUCUGUAACUUACAAAAUCGAGUUCAAGUGGAAGUCAACUCCAUUCGACAGAAUGAAAAUGGCAAUUUUAGCUGUCACAGAUGAGCAACGUGGUUUGUUACCACCGUAUAUAUUUUAUCGGUUACUGGGGCAAGAGUUAGAUGAUAUGGUGUUAAAAUGCAACCUGCCUAAGCGCUAUUCUGCACCAGACUUGCCAGAACUCAAUCAUAGUCAAGUGUUUGCUGUUAAGACAGUUCUUCAGCGUCCACUCAGUCUAAUACAAGGUCCACCUGGGACAGGAAAAACCGUAACUUCUGCUUCCAUAGUAUAUCACUUGAGUCGGAUACACCAAAAGAAAGUCCUAGUUGUUGCUCCUAGCAAUACAGCAGUCGACCAGCUAUGCGAAAAAAUUGAUCGAACAGGAUUAAAGGUUGUGCGGCUUUGUGCAAAAUCUAGAGAAGCGUUGGCUUCUCCUGUUAGUCGUCUUAUGUUGCAUAUACAGGCUCAGAAUGUAAAAGGACAUACUGAACUUCGGAAACUACAACAGUUGAAGGAUGAGACUGGUGAGCUGAGUCAGGAUGAUGAUGAACGGUAUCAAGCUUUGAAACGUGAACUUGAACGUGAAAUUCUAAUGGCAGCAGAUGUAGUUUGUUGCACCUGUGUAACUGCAGGUGAUGCUCGUUUGGAGCGCCUCAGCUUCCACUCAGUUUUAAUUGAUGAGUCUACACAAGCCACUGAACCAGAGUGUCUAAUACCACUAAUGGUGGGUUGUCGCCAAGUUGUCCUAGUUGGUGAUCAUUGUCAGCUGGGGCCUGUAAUAACGUGUAAGAAGGCUGCUGCCGCUGGGCUUACUCAAAGUCUGUUUGAACGAUUUGUUCUUUUGGGCAUCCGACCCAUACGCUUGCAGGUACAAUAUCGCAUGCACCCAGCGUUGUCUGCUUUCCCAAGCAACGUUUUUUAUGAGGGCAGUUUGCAGAAUGGGGUGACAGCAGAGGACCGUUGCAGAAAGAUUGAUUUCCCAUGGCCGAAUCAAGACAGACCUAUGUUUUUCUACUGCACAUCGGGACAAGAAGAGAUUUCUGGCAAUGGUGUAUCAUAUCUAAAUAGAACUGAGGCAGCAACUGUUGAGAAAAUUGUCACAAAGAUGCUUAAAAUUGGUGUUCAUCCAAAUACUAUUGGCGUAAUCACCCCUUACGAAGGACAGCGUGCUUAUCUGGCUCAUUAUCUUCACUAUUCUGGUUCUUUAAACGCUAAAUUGUAUCAAGAAAUAGAAAUUGCCAGUGUUGAUGCAUUCCAAGGUCGAGAGAAGGACUACAUUAUUCUUUCUUGUGUUCGAGCAAAUGAAAAUCAAGGUAUCGGAUUCCUUAAUGAUCCGCGUCGGCUAAAUGUUGCGCUCACUCGUGCUCGCUACGGAUUAAUUGUGGUUGGGAAUCCGAAGGCGCUUUGUAAGCAACCGCUUUGGAACCAACUGCUUCACUUUUACCGUGAUCAACACUUGCUCGUAGAGGGACCACUGAACAACUUGGGCGAAUACAUGCUACAGUUCCCCAGGCCAAAAGUUCCUUAUACUUUCAAACCUGGUGGACAUUAUCUAGCCCACCUUUCUGCGAAUCCCGCUUUGUUAAAUAGCAAUCAGUUAAACGGUCAAUUGAAUGUACAUUCUGCAAACCAAUUCAACUAUCUGUCGCACGUUUCAAAUUCAUCUCAACCUUGUUUCGAUAAUCCCAAUGGACCGACAGCCUUAGUAGCAGCAAUGGCGGCUGCAGCUGCCGCAGCUUACUUUGGAGGUUCUGGUUCAAAUGCUAGAUCAAAUGUUCCAACGUUGGGCGUACAUGGAUCUUCAACUCUCAAUCAACCUGGAGCAAGUCACGCUGCAGCGUAUGCUGUUGCAGCCGCUGCAGCUGCCCAACACCAGUCAAGCCAGUCAUAUUCAGGUCAGACAAAUGGUGGUUCUCACAAUAUGCCACAGCUGUUAAACCAGUCUUUAUUUGAUCAAGUAGGAUACAUAGGACCAAACAGACAAUAUGCAGAGGCAAAUGCCAGUUCAAGUAAGUGAUCUGUUUAGUAGCACUAUCCCACUACUUGGUGUCUCCUUUUAAAAUAUAUAAUCAAGAUCUCAACCUUCAGAAAGUGUAUCGAGUGCCCACAUGUACUAUUUUAGUGUUUAAAUAAAUUUAAGAUCUGUAGGACACUAUUUUAAUUUCUUCAUCGAACAUGACAAUACGGUCCAAACCGUAAUUUCAUCUUUUCAUUGAAGUCAUCAAGUGCGAACUCACGAUGUGAUGUCGCCUACUGACUCAGCGAUAUGCCCAGCUCCAUUUUGCGUAAACAGCUUUGUAGUAUCAUGAUUCCUCGCCUAACAAGUGACUCAACUUGGUACAUAAACUUGAGUAUGGAGGUGUAGCAUGUUGGUCUGGACACUGAACUUUCAACCGGUGGGUCAUAGGUUGGAAUCUCGCUCCACCUGGCAAGAUCUAAACAACUAGGUAGUAUCAUUAACCUUCACAAGCUAGGUGCGGCUCAUUACCUACUGUACGAGCAUGCAUGUGGUUUCUGAGUGCACUUCGAUUUUUAUUUGGUAUAAACAUGUACUGCACUGAGUUGCAAUAUUAUUUAUUGCCGAAGUCAUCAAGCUGAGCUAAUUGAUCUUAAGAGAUGGCUUGUAUUUAGUGAUAAUUAGUAUGAGUUACAAACACGGUUAAGGCUUCACAUUAUGGGUUUCACACGUCAAAAUUUGUCAGCAAAAGAUGGGGAUGAGUGCCAACCCAUUACACCAACCACUAAAAUAAAAAUGAAAUUUUGCCAGAGAGAUCUCAUUACUUGUUAAAAGACUAGCGUGCUACGUUGCUCUUUCUUAUAAAUGUGUUUCUGAAACAAAGCUACUGGAAAGAGAUGCAGAAAAAUGAUAUUUCAGACGAAAGGUUUUAAUGCGGCAUUGCUCACGUCUGAUAGAAUUGCUGUGUCAGCAUUUUAAGGGUUAGCUACAGGGUACUGCGCAAGGCAGGCAAAUCAACUGAUGAGUCUGUAAACCUUCACUGUUCGUUGUGGCUUAAAAAUAUGUUACUCAAACCGUUCUCGAAGCGCAGCGUUGCCCACAUCAUGGUUGAGUUGGAAGAAGGCUCAGAGUGGUGGUCAAACUAAGCCGUGGCAGCAGUCAGCGGAAUCUCUGGUUGUUGGUUCGAACCACAUUGGGAGGUGUGGACUGCCUGGUUGGGAUCCCCAAGACGAUGGGAAGCAAUGGUUGGAAAACUUUGGUGACGGCUAGAUAUCGGCACAAUGGUGCAGGCAUAUUCACUCUUCGACGUUUUCAAAUUUCUUUUCCGUCUGUGCGUUUAUACCUACUUUGAUACGACUAUUAUUUUGUUUGCUCUUUUCCUGAGUGUUAUUGUGAAGUGUAGUAACUAUAACCCGGUGAACUUCUGUUGGAUGUCCUACGUUGUCACUUUUUCUGUUCAACUGCAUAUUUUCCCCCACUCAUUUAUCGGGAUGCGCAUGGUGAGUCAAUUCAUCAGUGCAUGUUGACGAUAUCUAAUAGUAGCAUCGGUCGCUCUGAGUCCAUCAGAAGUUCCGAUUUCAGCACCCGCAUGGCUUAACGAUUUCUGCAAGUGACAUAUAUGAACCUGUAGUCGAAUGAAUUAAAGGCUUGACUUUGAACUAGUUGGUCAUAGAUUCGAAUAUCGAGGUUUGAGAAACCAAAUGGUAUCAUAACCCUUGCAUUGAUAUUCUUUAGUAAUGCAUGUGAUUCUACAUUUAGCUGUCGAUUUUUAAAAAAUAAUUUUUGUAGAUCUUCCUAUGCCACUAAGCAUGCUUAUGCCUGCUAGUCGAGUUUCAAAUCCUUCAAAUAUAGCCAAUCCUUUUGGUUCCUCUGGUCAUUUUGGAAAUGGCAAGUGCGGCACCAACCUGGGAACGGCUGCACCAUCCGGUAGAUCAGUUCAAGCAUUGGGCUCUCUAAAUAUGCACACCAAUCUCUCACAGUUAAAAACAGGAAGUACAAGAGCGCCAGGAGGUCCUCUUCCAGGAAGGACUAACGUUGGUUCUUCAGCACCUCGAUACCUUGGGAACGUGCGCCGAAACCUGCAAACUAGUUCACAAAAUGCUUCAACUGAUACCUCAAAGUCACGCCAAGUUGAUAGUGCUCAUAACGUUUCGAUGCAAUGUAAUCCUAAUGAUUCCAAUUCCGGCGUUGGCCUUCUGUCUCAACCUGGUUUAUCGGAAUUCUCAGGAACACAGGGGACAUCUAAUCUUGGGACCCUCGGAGUAUUCAGUAGCCAGUCACGUAAUGCUGGACUUUCCGGCUUGUCUCAGGAAAGUACUUCAUUAGACUUUCGUCUAGGCCAAGGUGCUAGUCAGCUGGACAGUUUACUUCUUUCACAGGACUCAACGUUUCAAGGUGCAACUGUACCUCCCAGCAAAAGGAAUUUGCAGAGGGGACCGGCUUUAUAUCAUCCUGGAAGUGAAGACCAUACCGACAUGAAUUUUGAAGCCGUUUUGGUGAAUGGAUCUGAGAUUGAAAAUAUUAGUAUCUCUCAAAAUGCUGUCAGCUGUGCGAGCAGUGGUGCACCGCUGUCGCAGUUUUAGAGAACUCAUUCGGCUUAGUUUUGAGCCGGAUAAUCACGGUCACGAACAAGCAUAUAGUUUCUCAAAGAGGAUGUGUGUUUACAGACAUCCUCAGAAGCAACGACGGAAAAAAAUCGAUUAACUUCAAAAUGAAUGGACCAGUGAAUCUCCGUUCAUAUACAUGACCUCUAAUGACUUGGUCACAUAGUUAUGAACAAAUGUUGGUGUUCUCCUUUUUUAUGCUUACAAGUGGUGCACUCCGAAGAUUGCACUACUUGCCUUAAAUUUCUGGAUAUACUGAUUUAUCCUAUAAUUGGCUUAAAGAUAUGUUUAUUUUCACGAUAAAUUCUUUGAUAUAUAAUGGGUUUACUUUAUCCUUACCCUUCUCACUUCCUUUGAUUUGUCUUAUAAGAAAUGUAGAAGUACUAAAUUGU